CGGCGCGCUGCCGCCGGCCGCGCUCCUGCGCCGGGGACUGGCCGCGGCGGUGGCAACAGCGGCAACAACAACAGCGGCGACGGAGGCAUCGCGGCUGGAAGGCGCCGCGGAGGGAACGGAACGGACCGGGCCGGGCCGGCCGCGGCUGGUGCGCCGCUCCGCCUCCGUCCUGCUCCUCCGCGCCGGGCUGCGCGGCGGCGCAAGUCCCACGCCCGGCUCUCCUCCUCCUCCUCCUGCCGCGGCGCGCACUGCGGAUCUCGCAAGGGGAGAGAGACAGAGAGGGACGUUUUGGCGCUGCGACCCCCCCCCCCCCCGCGUUUUGUUGGCUUUGUGUUUGUUGUUUUUUUUUUUUUUUUCUAAUUUUUUUUUAAUUAUUAUUUUUCGCCCCCUCUUUCUUGCCCUGUUCCGCUCCGGGGGCUUUGCCGGCGACAAGGACAGCAGUGCCCCCCGGGGAAGCCGGAGCCCUGCCGAUGCGCCUCCCCGGGACCGGGGGAGCUGACUCUCGGAGUGGAUUUAUUGACUCGCGGUUGGUUCCGAGCUCCCCGAAACAGCCCGGGCUGGUGCCUGUGCGGAUUGCAAACUGCGGAGAGCAGUGAGAGACACGCAGGAGGAGCCUCCUGCCGAGGCUGUGUCCCUUCCCCCCCCCCCCCCCCCGACCCCUCUCAUUUCUCUCCCCGCCGCUUCUGUCCUUUCACCUUUUUUCACUCCUUUCCACGCGAGCCGUAGACACUGUGAACGCGUAUGGCGCACUGGAUCCAAAUGGGAGUUGGCAGUUUGAGUGGCAUCUUCCAAGGCAGCCGGGAGACCCCCGGUCAGAGGAAGGACUGAGGCGGCUGCGAUUUUUUGUCGUUCUUGCUGUUGUUACUUCGGAGGUAGCUUGGAUCUUACCUCGCGGGAGAGUUUCCUACGUGCGAGUGGCAGACGUGACUCAGUAGAUCUGCUUGCGGCUCUCACCAAGUGCAUCGUCGACCCUUCGCGUGUGAUUUUUAACUGUUUUUAUUUUUUGAUUCUUUUAUUUUUCGUUCUUUCUUCCCUACCGAUCGUCCCGGCUGUUGGGAUACCGCCCCCACCCCACACACGCCCCGCCGUUGCCGCUCAGGUGCCGGGGCAGCGGCGUUGGCGAGGCUCCGGGGAGGGACCCGGUGCCGCCCGCCACCAUGGCAGCGCGGCGGCGCGACGCCUCCGCCUGGAAGUACUGCUGGGGAGUCGCGAUGGUGUUGUGCAGAACCGCGCUGGCCAGGUCCAUCGUUUUAGACCCCAUCUACUGGAAUUCCUCCAACCCCAAAUUCCUUCCUGGACAAGGAUUGGUACUAUAUCCACAGAUAGGAGACAAACUGGAUAUUAUAUGCCCAAAAGUGGACUCUAAAACUGUUGGCCAGUAUGAAUAUUAUAAGGUCUACAUGGUUGAUAAAGACCAAGCAGAUAGCUGUGCUAUUAAAAAGGACAAUACACCUCUACUCAACUGUGCCAAGCCAGAUCAAGAUGUUAAGUUUACCAUCAAGUUUCAAGAGUUCAGUCCUAAUCUCUGGGGCCUGGAAUUUCAGAAGAACAAAGAUUAUUACGUCAUAUCAACAUCAAAUGGGUCUUUGGAGGGCCUGGAUAACCAGGAGGGAGGGGUGUGCCAGACAAAAACCAUGAAGAUCCUCAUGAAAGUUGGACAAGAUCCCAACUCGGCGGGGCUGCCCCGGCACACGGAUCCCACCAAGCGCCCCGAGCAGGAAGCUGGCACCAACGGGAAGAGUUCCACCACCAGCCCCUUUGUGAAGGACCACUCAGGAUCUAGCACAGAUGGCAGUAAGGCUGGGCAUUCCAGUAUACUGGGUUCAGAGGUGGCCUUAUUUGCAGGGAUUGCAUCAGGGUGCAUCAUUUUCAUCGUCAUCAUCAUCACUUUGGUGGUUCUUUUGUUGAAGUACCGGAGAAGACACAGGAAGCAUUCCCCGCAACACACGACAACUCUCUCACUUAGUACGUUAGCCACCCCAAAACGCAGUGGCAACAACAAUGGUUCUGAGCCCAGUGACAUUAUCAUUCCUCUAAGGACUGCAGACAGUGUCUUUUGCCCCCACUAUGAAAAGGUCAGCGGCGACUAUGGACAUCCAGUGUACAUAGUUCAAGAGAUGCCUCCUCAGAGUCCAGCAAACAUUUAUUACAAGGUCUGAGAAACACACAAUCAACUCUGUGGUACAGUUGAGUCGUAGAGGAAACUCACUGGUCAAAUGCUUUCUGUUGGGGUUUGUGAUGACGCCUUGUGUGCUAGCAUUGACUCAAGCACAGGGGGGAGAAGGCGACAGCUCUUUCGCUGGGAGCCGACGCGAGCUGGACAGCUUACCUAGUCUGUAGAAUUCCUAUCUCAGUGAAUAAGUAUUCACUAAAAGCUGGAAGACUUUUAUGUAGAAGAUGCCCAUUCUGAUUGCUGUACUCUUGUUACAUUCAUCAUCCUCAAAGCCAUGUGCUGCGGGCGUUCAGGCAUGUACAAAAGCCAAGGGAAGACGGAGUGAUCCGUGGAUGUUAAUAGCUCUAGGCAUCCUGGGAAGGUGCUCUAGGAUAUAUCAAGCUUGAAAUGCAAUCUUCUGACUUUUGUGUGUCUCUCUCAGUGCGUACUGGAUUUGUCACACAGACCUUAGUGUCUAAGUAAGACUUGUUAAAGUUCUCUUGCUUUUAGUCGGUCACUGUUCCAUUUGUUUCUGUUAUCCGGGGCUCUGCCAUCCUUCACAUAAGAUUUCCUUUCACUCCACCUCCUGAAUCACUAAUGGAACAUUAAUGUUUGGAGAUCCGCACUCCAUCCAUCUGCUACAGCAGCCUCACUUGAAUGGGUAAUGCAUUUAUAGAAAUUGUGUUUGAUAGUAAGGAGCCUUCCAGCCAAAAAGUUAGGCUGUCAACAAAGUCAAGAGCAGGACUGGGUGGUGGAGGGAAGGGCUGACUGCAGUUGCAGUUCAAAUACUGCUGCCUCAAAAAUAGAAGCUGGGAAGAAAAAAGACAAAAAAAACCCAUUUAGGUAGCACAGCACUUUGGUACGCUAAGUUUUAAGAGACAAGUAGGAGACACAGUAACACGUGCAGUGGAUUAGGGCUGCAUUUGAAGGAAUUCAUGGUUAUCAAAUACCAGUGUGCAGAAAAAAAAUAGUACCUUCAAUACAGUAGAACAAAGGGGUAUUGUUAGUAAGUGAACAAGCUUGGAGAGGACAAGACAAUAGCAGGCCGCCGAGGAUACAUUAGGGCAGGGCUGUUGUGGUACUGGCAAUAAAAUACACAGCUUUGAAGCUGUAGCGAAAACGUAGUCUGCUUUGGAUGACUUUUAAGCAGACUCAGCUGCUAUACUGUCACAUUGUAGUAAACACAGGGAAAGCAUUUAAGAAAAUAGCAGAGAGCCAAAUCUGACCAAGAUGAUUAUAAGCCAACAGGUGAAAUGAAUUGUAAUUCUGUCACUGGUAAAGUUGUGGAAGAAAAUAAAAUUAAAAAAAAAAGGCAAAAAACCCUUUCUCAUCUCUAAAAGUAAGACAGAAUUUCUUUCUGACUGAGCCUUUUGACACUUCGGUUUAUCGUAGUGCUGUCCCUGCACAGUGAGGGCAGGUACUGUGACUGACACAGCCAUUCGUUGGUGCUCUGUUGCAAAGUUAAAGCACAUAUGGCAAACCUCUUGCAGUCCGUAAGAAUCAAAUAAAUUAUGACACUGAGAUGGAGAAGGAAGAUAUGUCUUAUUUAUAAUAGGUGUAUAGAACACAAGGGAUAUAAAGUGAGAGUUUUUCUUUCGUUUGUUCUUUCUUACUUUUUUGGUUUGGUUUGCUUUUUCUACUAAUAUAUAUUUUGAGAUUGCACAGUAUCUACACCAGAAGAUGUGAAAUUCAUUUGCGGCAAUUAGAUAGUCUUAACUUGUCAUCAUUUUACAUAUAUGUGUGUGUGUUUAUAUAUGUGUAUACAAACAUAUGUAUGUUUAUAUAUGCAUAUAUAUGCAUAUAUAUAUGUAUACACACAUUAAAAAAAAAAAGAAACUGCUUCUGGGAAAAACAUCAGCCAUCCAAAAAUAACAAUGGGAGCAUAUUAAAAAAUAAAUAAAUCCAAAGCAUCUCAUAAGAGAAAACUAGGAAAUAUAAGGCCCAAAAUACCAGGAAGUCAAUGUUACUGCAUCACGGAUUUAACAAUGACAAGGUGUGCCGGCAUUUAUUUUCUGUGUUGUGUUUUCCCUUGCCUUACGGGCUGAUGUGUUCUGUAGAUUUUGUUGAGGUUCAUGGCGGGGGGGGGGGGGGGGUUCAGGUUAAAGUUUUGGUUUUAGCGUGGCUAUUCCCCUAAAGCUCCCACCCUGGGGAGGAAAUAAAAAACCUCUACUUUUAUAUGUGCUAUGCAAAUAGACAUUUCUAACAUAGUCAUGUUACUAUGGUAACACUUUGCUUUCUGAUUUGGAAAGAAAAUGUAGCAACAGCAUUUUGGGGUUCUCAGACCUCUGGUGAGCACCUGCAAGAAAAAAAAAAAAGGAAAAAAAAAAUCUGUCAUAGAAAUGAUCACUCUCUCUGUUUCCUGAACCUGAAAAUGAUGUUGGGAUGUUGGUCCAAAAGAGAGAAACAAAACAAAAAAAAAAAAAUCCCAACCCAUGGUUCUGUGGAAGGUUACCAUGGUGACUAACUACAGUACAUAUGUAAUUCUUUUCAACAACCCUUCCUUUCUGUGAAUCCAUCCAUACAAGGUUCUCUUGUAAGUCAUUAAGGUUUUAUUUUGGGGGAGGGGGAGGAAGGGAAAAGAUGGGUUUACUGAUACUGAUUUUUAUUAAAUCAAAUUAUGCUUCAUCAGUUGGCUACAUUCUAGUUAUGUACUAAACUGUGAAAAAAAAAAUCAGACGAAUUGCUCAAGAGCAACCUGCAACCAAUUGAAAAAAAAAAAAAAUGUAUUGUGCGUCUGUUUUGUGUCUGGUGCAAAAUUAUGACAAUCUACCAACUGUUCCUUUAUUUGACGUUGGUCCAGCUUUGAAAAGUUACUGUGAAUGCCUUGCUUGUAUGAUCAUCCCUAGUCACCCGACUUGGAAUUUGCACCAUCAUGUCUAAGUGAAGAUGCUGUAAAUAGGUUCAGAUUUACUGUAUAUGGAUUUGGGGUGUUACAGUAGCCUUAUUCACCUUUUUAAAUAAUAAAAAAAACCCACAUGAAAACAAGACAAAAAUGGCUUUUCUUAACCAGAUUGUGUAUAUAGAGCAAUGUUGGUUUUUUAUAAAGUCCGAGCAAGAUGUUUUGUAUAAAAUUUGAAUUUUGCAAUGUAUUUAGCUACAGCUUGUUUAAAGGCAGUGUCAUUCCCCUUUGCACUGUAUUGAGGAAAAAAAUGGUAAAAAAGGUUGCCAAAUUGCCGCAUAUUUGUGCUGAAAUUGUGUACCAUGAAUAUUUAUUUAAGAAUUUCUUUGUCCAGUUUGUAAGUAACACAGUAUUAUGCUUGAGUUAUAAAUAAUUUCUUCUUUUUUUUUUAUUUUGUUUUGUUUUGUUUGUUUGUUUGUUUUGUUCUGUUUUAAAACUAGCCGGUCAUAAGUUUGAAAUCUGCUUUAGUUCCACAUUACAAUUAGUUCCCAGAAAAUGAAAAUUAUGAAAAUCACAUUCCACGUCUGUUUCAAACUGAAUUUGUUCUUAAAAAAAUAAAAUAUUUUUUUCCUAUGGAAA